GUGAACGAGCACGUCACUGGGCACGUACGGGGGCGGCGCCGCGCUCUGUGUUCGCAACAUGACGACCUUUCGACUGCUUAAGAUGAGGAAGAAGAGCUGCCCUGAAGUGUGUGUGUGAGUGUAUGUGAGUGUGUGUGUUCUCAGGAUUUAGCUCCACUAUGGUUCAGAGGCGGCUCUGCACCUUAGAACACCUGAUGAACUCAAAGUUUGGUCUCCCUUUUCCUCGCCAUGGCCUCCAGCUCCUGUUUUGGUUCGCCAAAGACUGUGUGACCUGUGAACUCAUUAAAUGUGUCUUAAUCAUGAAGCUGGUGUCAGACUGUCAUCCAGAGAGAGGUUGCUUUGGCUUCCACCUGUUUGGGAAUAUGGAGGAACUUCUGCCUGUACUGGACCAGCCAGGCAAGAAGCGCAAGAAACGGGAUCUGACCCAGCAUGGAUUCAGACAGGUGUUGUAUUAUGAAGUUGGCAACCUGAACACAGAAACCUACCCCGGGUCUGAGGACCUCCCGGCUUAUGUGACACAAAAUUAUGGGUUUGAAGGUGAUUACAACACGGACCGCCUCAUCAUCAGUUACCAGGCGAGGAGCAGGGUGGUGAAGACGGUCUAUGUCACCCAACAUGAGAGAGACUUCUCCGGGUGUUUCUGUCCUGAUGAAACGUAUGAGAUCAGCUCUGAACUGAUCCAAGCCCUGCAGAGUCCACUCGUGGAUCUCACCUCCUUUCUCACCCAGAUGGGCUUCUACAAAGAAAUCCCAGUGGUGAGAUGGUGUGAAGAGGAGAUCUACGAUGAUGAAGAGGAGAUAUACGACUAUGAAGAGCAAAUGUUUGACUCUUUUUACAACUACACUGACUCCACAGUAAGAACAGAGCAAAGUGACCCCUUUGGAUAUUUCUCUGCCUCCUUCAGCGAUCCAUAUACAGUGCAUAGCAACGUUAGCAUAACCACGCACAAUAACAGACCUGUGGCUAACUACAGUGGAGUGAGGCAGAGAUAUAUCACGUCAGGUUGGGAGAGGCCCUACAGAGGUAGAGGCUUCGACAAAGAAGACGAGGGAAGCAGCAGAGGUGGAGGCUUCUCGUUCCUCAGGCUCCUCCUCGGGGCUGGAGCGCUCCUGCUGGCUGUGAAAUGUUUCAGCUGGAUGAGGAGCUGCUGGCAGGUCGAAGAAACCUUCCCCAAGAGGAUACAGAGCAUUCCCAGGAUACCUCUGAGUUACUGGCACACACAUCCAAUGCUGGAUUACACGUACUGAAAUACUGAAGGGUUGGUCGGCUACAACUGCCAGAAACUUGGCCAUCGACUCUACGUACGACCCUUUGUGACCACCUGAACAGCUCUUCCCCAGUCUGGUCAGAACUGAAGAAGCCUUUCGGAGGAGAGGAGAAAUGUCUUAAGCAUUCUACCAAGUCCAGUUGCCUUACGGAAUAAGCUUUGAAUUACCCUGAACUGGAUGACUGAGAACCUUAACAGACAAUGAAGGGUCGAAUUUGUACAUUUGCUGUGAACUAUUUUAUCCAAUGAAACCCUAAACACAUGCUGUAAAGACCCUUAAAGACCUGUAGAGACGUUUAAAGACAAGGCAUGCAGAGAGUCCUGAAGAGCUCUGUGCACAUUCAACUUUUAUAAAUUAUAAUUUUAUUCUAUUUUCCAUUAUGGAAAACAUGCAGAGUUUAAAUGUGUUUAUCAGGAGCAGAUCUGAAGAACUGUUUUUAAUUACUAACAUCCUCAAACACUGAAAGGAUCAGGAUUUUAUCUUCAUCAUUUAGAGCAGGGGUUCCCAACAUAUAGGUGCCAAAGACUCGCGACCCCUGUCCCUCAAAGUGAUUUAAUGUGGCUUCACUUGGCUGGUCUGCAGGACAUGUGUCUAAAUUAGCCUAAAUUCUCUAAAUUUAGGAGUCAUCUGGCAAAAAGAAAGGCAGGAAACUCAUUACAUUUUCUAUUUCCAAGCUUUUU